AUGUGCAAAUUUGAAUCCUAUUUGCAUAUCUUUCGCGUAAACUGCGGUAUUGAUGCGCUCGAAGACAUCAGACUAAAGAAGAAUGCUGGGUACUUGUCCCGCGUCCUCAGCCGUGAAGGAGCUUCCUGGCGCUCAAGAACCUCCAAGGACCUGGAAGAUAGAGUGACUCCUGGAGCUCACAAGGACCUGGAAGGUGGAGUGACUCCUGGAGCUCACAAGGACCUGGAAGGUGGAGCGACUCCUGGAGCUCACAAGGACCUGGAAGGUGGAGCGACUCCUGGAGCUCACAAGGACCUGGAAGGUGGAGUGACUCCUGGAGCUUACAAGGACCUGGAAGGUGGAGCGACUCCUGGAGCUCACAAGGACCUGGAAGGUGGAGCGACUCCUGGAGCUCACAAGGACCUGGAAGGUGGAGUGACUCCUGGAGCUUACAAGGACCUGGAAGGUGGAGCGACUCCUGGAGCUCACAAGGACCUGGAAGGUGGAGCGACUCCUGGAGCUCACAAGGACCUGGAAGGUGGAGUGACUCCUGGAGCUUACAAGGACCUGGAAGGUGGAGCGACUCCUGGAGCUCACAAGGACCUGGAAGGUGGAGCGACUCCUGGAGCUCACAAGGACCUGGAAGGUGGAGCGACUCCUGGAGCUCACAAGGACCUGGAAGGUGGAGUGACUCCUGGAGCUUACAAGGACCUGGAAGGUGGAGUGGAAGGUCUCCUGAGACUGGUGGAUGCCUAA